AUGAUGAGUUUUCUCGUCAUUGUUUUUUCCAUUCUAGUAUUGGUUGCAUUUGUUCUUGGAAAUUUUGCCAAUGGCUUCAUAGCACUGGUAAAUUUCGUUGCCUGGGUCAAGAGACAAAAGAUCUCCCCAGCUGAUCAAAUUCUUGCUGCUCUGGCAGUCUCCAGGGUUGGUUUGCUCUGGGUAAUAUUAUUAAAUUGGUAUUCAACUGUUUUCAAUCCAACUUCACCUAAUUUAAAAGUAAGAAUUUUUAUUUCUAAUGCCUGGGUAGUAACCCACCAUUUCAGCGUCUGGCUGGCUACUAGCCUCAGCAUAUUUUAUUUGCUCAAGAUUGCCAAUUUCUCCAGACUUUUUUUUAAUCAUUUAAAAAGGAAGGCAAAAAGUGUAGUUCUGGUGAUAGUGCUGGGAGCUUUGUUAUUUUUGAUUUGUCAGCUUGUGUUGAAAAACAUGGAUAUGAAUGUGUGGACAAAAGAAUAUGAAGGAAAUGUAACUUGGAAGAUCAAAUUGAGUAAUGUAAUGCGCCUUUCCAACUUGACUGUAGCCACGCUUGCAAACGUGGUACCCUUCACUCUGACCCUGAUAUCUUUUCUGCUGCUAAUCUGUUCUCUGUGUAAACAUCUCAAGAAGAUGCAGCUCCAUCACAAAGGAUCUCAAGAUUCCAGCACCAAGGUCCACUUAAAAGCUCUGCAAUCUGUGAUAUCCUUCCUCAUGUUAGUUGCCGUUUACUUUCUGUGUCUAAUCACAUCAUUUUGGAAAUCUAAUAUUCAACAGAAAGAACUUGUUAUGUUUUGCCAAACUGUCGGAAUCAUAUAUCCAUCAUUCCAUUCAUUCAUUCUGAUUUGGGGGAGCAAGAACCUAAAGCACACCUUUCUUUCAGUUUUGUGGAAGGUGACUUGCUGGGCAAAAGAACAGAAACCAUCAACUCCAUAG